CGUGACGGGCCGGUGGCGGUUCCCGCGGUCCCGGAGCCCCCCCGGCCCCGGGGUCCCCUCGGGCACCUUGGUGUGGGGGAUCGGCGUGACCUGCGCUCCCGAAAGGCUCCAGGCAGCGCUGCCCCCCCCCUCGGCCUCGCCGCAGAACGGAGCGGGUCGCUGGGGCUCUUUCUUGGUGCCGAGGCCAUGAAGAUUAACCAGGACACGGUGCUGCGAGGGAAGAAGGUGGCGCUGGUGCCCUACACCGCCGCACACGUGCCCCGGUACCACGAGUGGAUGCAGUCGGAGGAGCUGCAGCGCCUGACGGCCUCGGAGCCCCUCAGCCUGGAGCAGGAGUACGAGAUGCAGCGCAGCUGGAGGGAGGAUGCCGACAAGUGCACCUUCAUCGUGCUGGACGCGGCGCGGUGGCCGGGACAGGCGGAGGAGGAGUCCUGCAUGGUGGGGGACGUGAACCUCUUCCUCACCAACGCUGAGGAUCCGACCCUGGGAGAGGUUGAAAUUAUGAUUGCAGAGCCCUGCUACCGAGGCAGAGGGUUUGGCAAGGAGGCAACUCUGCUGAUGAUGGCCUAUGGAGUGAGAAGCCUGGGGAUCACCAAAUUUGAGGCUAAGAUUGGUCAGGAAAAUGAAGCCAGUAUCUGCAUGUUCAAAAAGCUUCACUUUAAGGAGGUUGCUGUGAACAGCUUUUUCCAGGAGGUGACGCUGAAGCUGGAUGUCAGUGACCAGGAGAGACGAUGGCUCCUGGAACAGACAAACCACGUGGAGGAGAAGAGCUACACUGAGCUGAAGCGGCCAGUUGGGGUGCUGGAGACCUGACAGACACAUCCAGACACUGGCUGGGUUUCCAGGGAGGAGUUGGACGCUGUUGCAAGGUCUGGGUGUGGAGGACACCGCUGAGCCAACACUGCACUUGACUGUUUUCAGUUACUUUGUCAUCCUGUCAACUUUGCACUUUGCUGCGCCAGCCAGAAUUACAGCCUGAAGUUUGGACCUGGAGAACAGCCACUAAUUCACAGGUUUGGCUAGGAAUGACUGUAACCUUCACAUGCCGUUCCAGCAGAGCCUAAAAUCACCAGCAGUUGUUUCCUGGUGCCACCAAUUUCUGUACAAGCAGUAACUUCUCCCACUGCCCUUGGAGCAGGAUUCAUCAGUUUGGCAGACAUGGUCUCAUACGCUGGCAGCUCAGUUUGUUUACUCUUGAAUAAAAAAAAAAAGACAAAACUCUGAGGUGCCUGAGCACAGUGUGGGGCUCAGCUGCUUGCUUUGGCUGCUCAAA